UAUUCAAUAAAGAUUCAUUAAAUGACGAGAGUAGGUAGUUUACGUAAAGAAAAAUGUUCGAAGUGCUAGUUUCAGAGUAUGCCAAUAACUGAAAAAAUAUGGCUAAUAAAUCUGUCAGAGAAACUCAAAUCAGUGUUAUCGAUGAAGUGGUUUCAUCUCAACCAGAACUUGGUCCCAAAGUACCAGAUGGUGGUUAUGGGUGGGUGGUUUUUGGUGGCACGUUAUUUUUUCAGAUUUUCAUUCCUAGUUUGAUAGUUGUUUACGGAAUAUUGAUGGCUUCAGUUAAAAUAAACAAAAACGUUAACGAUAAGGAUGCACUUUACCUAUGGGAUGACCAAUUAAUAUUUGUUCCCCUACUUCACAUAAUGGGAUGGACUUUAUUUGAUCCUACCGCUAGAAAUUUGAUUUCUCGUAGCCAUUGGCCCAGAUUGGCUGGCCAGGCAGGAAAUUGCUUUACCUGUGCAGGACUGCUCUUCGUUUGGAUGGGAAUGGAAGGAAUUAUCAACAGCUCUGAUCGAAAACUCUUUCUUGUAUUUGCUGGACUUCUUUCUGGAAUGGGAUCUUCGAUACAGACUGCCCAGUGCGAAAUACUCUUAGCACAAUACUUCAAAACGAAGCACCUUCACUUAACCCAUAUAACCCACAUCGUGGUAGCCCUUGGAUUCAUUUUCACCCCAAUUCUGGUCAGCAAUCUGCGCAUGCGAUACGAUAUGUUACAAGUAGUACUCAUAUAUGAAGCAAUCCUCCUGCAGGGUCUUCUACUAAACAUUACCUUCAUAAAACCCGAAUAUUUGAUGAAACUAGUGCGAUAUCACUAUGUUACCGAAAAUCCAGAGGACGAAGAGGAUAUAUUCUCAAAAAGCUUGACAGAACUCAAGAUAAAAACCGAGAACGUUCUGAAGAGAUUCGAAUUGAAAAAUGAAAAUGUGGUAGCUACCACCAGUGACGCAUCGAAAAGCAGGAGGAAAGAUUGGGUUGAAUUCGACGAUGAAGAUGGUACAAAACAGCGAAAAAACUGGGAAACAUUCGAAAAAGAUGAAGAAACUCAAAAUAACCCGACAAAAUAUACGGUAUUAGAAGAAGAAGAACAGGAAGGACAACCAAGCAGUAAUGUGAUUGGUCCAGCACCUCUAUUCAACGAUGUUGGCAAUGUUAACAUGAACAACAGCUAUGCCUUCGAUGACGCUACUGUAGAGGAUGGUCCAAAAAUGUAUCCCACCGUAUUCUCCAACCCACAAGAUACUGCUGGUCUGGAUAUGGCGAAAUACCUGAAGGUUUUGAAGAUGCCCACUUUUUAUAAGUCUCUCCUGACUAUUAUUACUACGAAAUACUCGUUACUAGUGUUUUAUGCGUUGUUCCCUAGUUAUCUUUAUGUUCGCAUAGACGAUUUGAAAUUCAGGAGAAGCGCUUUGAUUAUAGGUUGGUUAUCUAUUGGGGCUUUGGUAUUCUCUGGAUUCUCUUAUAGGUUGAAUGUGACGAAAGAGAAGAGGUCGAUCAUCUUGUUUCUGCUUUGUUGGAUUGGAGCCAACGGAUACUUCUUAAUAGCCAUGUACAGCAACAUUGAGUACAUUAUGAUAUUUGGAGCCUUAGAAGUUGUUCUUAGCAUCGCAAGUUUGCAGCAUAUUGGAGGACCUUUGCUGGGACUAACUAUAAGGGGUGAAAGCAAUAGUGAAUACUUUGUACUGAGUCUAUUGGCUGGACUGUCAUUUUGUCUCUUUUUAUUUCUGGAUAUGACCUAUAAGCGCUGUUUUCUUUUGAUGUCACUUCUCCACAUCAUCACUGGACUUUUAUGGGUUUCAAAUUAUUUUUAUAAAAAAAUUAGAUUGUAGGAUAUUCUGGAUAUUGUAUUUAUUUAUUAAACAUUUCGAACAAACCUAUUACGUUUUACAAUCUCAAAUAAACUGACUUUUAAUAAUGA